GCGCUCCGGAGUUAUUUUGAAAGUGACGCACGCACAGCUGUCAUGAGGGGAAGAUGAGCGAUACCGUGAUCGCGGAGGGAGCAGCAAAAAUCAGAGACGGCAAAAAAUGGAGGAGCCGCUGGCUGGUUCUGCGGAAACCCUCACCGGUCGCAGAUUGUUUGGUGCUGUACAUGUAUAAGGAGCGCGGUGUGAAGGACAGGAGCAGCGUAACGCUGGAGCACAUCUGCGGUCUGGAGGCAUGUGUCAGCGCUGAUGGCGUUCCCUUCAUCCUCUCAAUACUGUGUCUCAGUCAAACUGCCAUGCUUGGCUUUGACAGCAGGGAGGCGCUGCAGAGCUGGGACCUGCGACUACGCUACUGCCUUGGGGAAGUCCACAGUUUCAGCGUCUCUGUGCUUCCUGGCACUAAACUGGAAAGUGGAGCGGCGACUCUGCAUUUAUGCAACAAUGUCCUGGUCAUCGCUAAAGACCUGCCGGCCGUCAUCAUUGGCCACUGGAAUCUGCUGGACCUGCGGAGAUACGGGCCAGUCAACAACGGCUUUGUGUUUGAGGGAGGAACACGCUGUGGUUACUGGGCCGGCGUGUUCCUCCUGUCAUGUGCUGAGGGCGAGCAGAUCAGUUUUCUGUUUGACUGUAUUGUUCGUGGCAUUUCCCCGUCCAGAGGCCCUUUUGGACUGAAGCCACCGCUACCAGAGCCCAGUGUCAAUGCAGCUUUAGUGCAGGACAGACUAAACCAUGAAGCGGAGGAAUUGGAACGGAGGCUCAGUCUGCUGUCUCAUAGCACAGCUUCCAGCUCCCAUUUCGGCUCUUCGAUGACAGCAGACGACCGCAGCAUAUCUGGUUCAUCUGACACCUCAGACACAGAUUGCAGCAUUAGCAGUCGCUCUGCACCAUGGACCGAUCUGGUUCUGCCCAGCACUGCAGAAACUCCUCACCCGCAAGCAUCUCAGGUCGAAGAGAAACUCUCCGCUGAACUCAAGGUCCCAAAUGAUCCCGUUUGCUCACGGAAGCUAAAAGAAACCGGCCGACAGAACUCAUCCGACAGUGGCAUUGCGACGGGAAGCCACUCGUCUUACACAGGAAGCUUCUCUUCCUACAGCGGCAGUCUGGAUGCUGCUGGUCCGGGGGAGGAAUACGGCAUGCCGUUCAACCUGGCACCACCUGCUAUCCCAGAAAAACACCUGUGCACAUGCAAUCAUGAGUACCAAAUUCCCUCUUCCCUACGAUACCUUUACGACUCUCCCCGGAGUCUGCUUGAGAUCACCAGUGCUCCCGAGGACAACAGAGACAGUAGCAGAUCUCAAAAUGAUACUGGACUUAUAGAGCCAUUCGUCCGGAAACAGUCUGAAGAAUAUUCAGAAUCCCCCAGCCAAUCAGAUUCUGGCUCAGCUCUGAUUUAUUCUCUGGAGCUUGGUAAAAUGGAGUCAAAGACAAGGAAGGGCUUAAUAAAAGGGGAGGAGUCUCAGGGAUUAUUUUGUAAUAAAAGCUGCAGUGAUUGUGCAAACUGUUCACUUCCUACAGUCGGCUCUAAAUCGGUCGUCACUACCUGCCCCAUCUGCAGAGGACUCAAGGGCACAUUCCUGCCUCAUCCUGGAGGGACUUUACUGCCCACUGUGCCAACAGGUGAAUAUUCAUCCCCUCCCACUGGACCAGCCACCAGUCAGGAGCCAGUGGAGAUCAGCGAGUCAUCUUUGACCAAUCAGGAUCCAUGGAAACCAUUAUCUGAACAUUCACAGACCAAUGAGGAGGAGCAAUCUGAGGGCUACAUUUCCUGUCUGUCUGAUCUCCUGGCACAUUACAAUCCUGCUGGGAAAUCAAUCAGUAGUAGCGUUUAUGAGGCAAUGUCAUCGUCCAGACGCCCCGUUCGCAACAUACACAACAUCCUCUACGAGAACUGCCUCCAGUGCAGGAAAGGAGAGGGAAACUGCCGGCUGCUUAGACUCACUCCUCCAUCCAGACUCGUAAAUUUUGUCCAGGAUCAGAGCAGAGACCUGCGUAGUAACAACUUGAACAUCCCAGAGUCCGUCUGCUCUUCCAUUGAGCAUCCCAGUAGGCCAGUCUCUUUGCAACGAAAACCUGAAGAAGAUAACAUAGAGAGAAUCUGGGCAGACAAAGGAAGAUCAGAUCCUGCCUAUGAAAUUAUGGAUGGCCGAACAACAGAGAGGAGACCAGAGUUGGAGGAGCGGAGCCGGUUUGAGCUCAUUGGCAACUGUGCUGCUUCACAGAGGAUUUCUCAUCAUCUCACCGAAGGUGGAGUGUUUGCGUUUGCAGUGGACGGCUCAGCGGUGAUGGACAGGCUCAGAGGAGACACUGUAACAUACGUGAAUAUUCCCACUAGCCCCACGUCAAAGAAACAGCUGCAUUACAUGGAACUAGAGCUGCAGGAGUCCAGCACGACCAUCAGAGGGAAAAUCUCCAGUAAAUACGCUCAGAUUGACAUUGCAGCGACCGAGGCAGCUCACAGAGCGGGUACUCAGCAUGCACUGGGGCGAGAAGAAGGUCUACAGAGACUGGAGCAGCAGAGGAGAAGACGGGGACUGAAAGAGGACUGAACUGAGAGACACUAUAUCUGGAGAUUUCAUGAUCGUCUCUUGCUCUAGACAAACUGACCAAAACACUAUAUAUAAAGACUAUAUUUAUGUGACAUGACAGUAAUACACAAAACAUAGUGUAUCUACAGAAGUUUCCAGUCAUUUUCUCAUACAGUUGAUUGUGGAAUUCACUAUGUAGUGAAUAGUGAGUGAGUGUGCAGUGUUAGUCAUAGCGUAUACACAAACGUUUAAAAUACAGUAAUGUACUGCUUAGAUGAACACACAUUCUUAUUUUUAUUUUUUCUUAUUACAUUUUUAUUUAUUUUUUUUACAUUUAUUUAGUUUUAAAAUGUUGAAUAUUACUUUCUAGUUGCAUUUGUAUUAAAUAUGCUAAUUUUACUUUUUAGUCUUUUUUAUUAACUUAGUCUAUUCUACUGAGUCAUGUGAAGACAAUAAUUUCUACAUGAAACUACUGAUUUUGUAUUUUAGAUUCAUUUUGGAAUCAGAAAAUCAUGCAUUGCAGGUGUUCACUGUCCUUUGGUGAUCAAGACUGUAUUUUCUCAUUGUUUCAGCACUGAAGAAAGUGAACAGUUUGAACUGUGAUAUGACAAACAUACUGCUGCUGCUAGAUAUUAUAUUAAUCAUAGUUAUUGUGACAAAAUGAAUAACAAUAAUGCUAAUAAUAAUCGUUUGUAUAUAUAGGUGUAAAAUAAAAUUAAUGUUCAAUAUUGUUUAUCAUUAUUAUUAUUGGAAAGUUUAGUAUAAGUGUUAUCUGAGGACGCAGUUCUAUUGUCUCACCGCCAGAGGACAGUGUGAGGCUUUACAUAAGAAAGGGCAGAAUAUUUAGACUUUCCUUAUAACACAGAAUUAGACAUUUGGUUUUUAAUUACAUUGAAAACAAGAUUUGCUGUUUUCAUUUCAUGUUGUUUGCAGAUUUAUUAAUCUGCAAGAUUUAAUUAAGCAAGUAAUUAUCUGAGAAUUGUGAUGAAGAGAAGCCUGUCAUGAACACACAUAGUGUGAAGCUGUUGAAAAAUAAAAACAUCUAUUAUAUAAUCA